AUGCCCGGCCUCGUUCGGACCGCGCAGCACUACCUUGCCGCCUUCGCGGCUUUCUCGGCCGUCUCGUCGGCGGCGCCGGGCGUCACGCUGCCCGGCUACGGCAGCUUCGCGGGCACGACGGUCGGCCAGACGCUGACCAAGAAGCCGCUGCCGGCGACGGUCGAUGCGUGGCUCGGCAUCGACUACGCGUCGCAGCCCGUCGGCGAGGGCCGCUUCGCGCCUGUCGGCCCGCCGGCCGCGUUUGAUGGGUGGAAGAAUGCGUCGGCGUACGGGUACGUGUGCGUGCAGGAUCCCGAGGAGAUAUCGUACGCGCAGGAUGAGGCUUGCUUGAGCAUGAACGUCUUCCGUACCCAGGGUGUCUCGUUUGAUGAGAAGCUGCCGAUUCUUAUUUGGAUCCAUGGAGGUGGUUUCGUUGCAGGCUCGGCCAGGAGCUUUGACGGUGCAUCCUUCGUUGCCAAUUCCGAGGCGCCGGUGAUGGUAGUGACUUUCAACUACAGGGUCAACUCUUUGGGAUUCCUCCCCUCGCCGCUCUUUGAUCGCCUGGGUCUGCUGAACCUGGGCCUUCUCGACCAGCAACGUCUGUUCGAGUUCGUCCAGCAGUACAUCUCGUACUUCGGCGGCGACGCCUCCAAGGUCACCAUCGGCGGCCGCUCGGCGGGCGCUCACUCAGUCGGCAUUCACCUCUUCCACAACUACAACAAGACCGAGGGCGCCUCGCCGUACUUCUCCCAAGCCAUCCUGCAGUCCGGUAGCGUGACAGCACGCGCCUUCCCCAACGCCUCGUACCCGCUCUACCAAGCGCAGUUCGCAUCGUACCUCGACCUCAUCGGCUGCGGCAGCCUAGCCAACAGCACCGACGACGCCGCCGUCCUCGCCUGCCUGCGCGCCGCGCCCAUCGCCGCCAUCGAGGCGGCCAGCACGCUCCUCUUCAACAAUUCCUCGUACGCCAUCACCUGGCCCUUCCAGCCCACGCGCGGCGGGCCCCUCCUCGAGCAGGCGGGCUCGACGUCGGGCUACAACGGCCAGUUCUACCGCAUCCCGACCAUCACGACCAACGUGCGCGACGAGGCCAAGUACUACAGCCCGGGCGACCUCAACACCACGGCCGACUUCUCCGCCUUCUUCGCCAACCUCAUCCCCGGUCUCACGCCCGCCGACCUCGCCGACCUGGACGCCCUGUAUCCGGACCCCGCGGGCGACGCCAACGGCACCUUCAGCCCCUACGCAAACAGCCCCAACUCGACCCAGUACGACCGCGUCAGCGCCGCGCUGACCGACUACAUGUACGCGUGCGCGGGCCAGGAGACGGCCGUGCGCAUGUCCGACGUCAGCGAUGUCCCCGUCUUCAAGCUCAACUGGGUCGUCAACAACACCUGGCCCGCGUGGAAGGGCAUCCCGCACACCUCCGACACCAAGUACACGUGGGUCGAGCCCGCCGGCGUGCGCGAGACGGGCGGCGUCCAGUACCCCGACGUCGGAAAGCUGCUGCACUCGUACUUUGCCGACUUCGUCGCGCUCGGCGGCGACCCGAAUGCCGGGAACAGGACCGGCCUGCCGUACUGGCCGAGGUAUGUGGAUGGCUGGGAUGAGGGUAAGCCCGGGUUCCAGUUGAGGGUCGAGCCGUUUGGGCAGAGUAGGGUUGAGGGCGAUGCGAUUAGGCGGACGCAGUGUGAGUGGUGGAGGGAUGAGGGGAGGUCGGUGAGGUUGGAGAAGUAG